UUGGACUUCAUUCAUGAAUACUUACUCCUUGUCACACACAGCAUGAACUUUAUUUGCCCAAUAAAACUAAUUGCUUCACCGUCCAGAGUAAAACUUCCAGUAUGCUGUCACACAUACUUCCUCAUUCCUGCCCAUACUUGUUUCCUCAACAGUUUUUUUUAUAAGCAGAUACCAAUGUGGUCAAGCAGCUCCUGCAGGGAAACCUCCUCUCCUCCUCCUCCUCCGAUGCAAAGUUUUGUUUCCUUGUGUCUCAUCACUAUUGCACCUACAGAGGAGGGAGGAAUCGGGACAGGAGUGUCCAAGAUAAAAGGGCAGACGGUGAAUAUGCAGGGUAGCUGCUGUUACUGAGUCGACCUAAAGAGCUCAACAUGGGUAACUGGAUUAUUAACAAUGGACUUUCAGCCUUCAUAGUGGUGGUCUGGAUGGGCAUCAACCUCUUCCUUUUCGUCUGGUUUUACCUAUUGUACGAUACGGGUGAUGCCUUUUUCUACACGCGUCAUCUGUUAGGGUCUGCCUUGUCCUGGGCCAGAGCUCCUGCUGCUGUCCUCAACUUUAACUGCAUGCUGAUCCUCCUCCCGGUGUGCAGGAACCUGCUGUCGUUGCUCCGAGGCUCCUUCAUGUGUUGCGGCAGAACAAUGAGGAAACAACUGGACAAAAAUCUGACUUUCCACAAGCUGGUGGCGUACAUGAUAGCUCUGAUGACAGCCGUGCACACGGUUGCCCAUCUGUUGAACGUGGAGUGGCUCAACAACAGCAGACGAGGACAGUAUGGUGAACUCAGCACUGCUCUGUCCAGCCUGUCGGACUCAGAAAACACCACCUUCCUGAACCCAGUCCGCAGAAUAGACAUCAAUGCGCAGCAGACUCCAACCUACUUCGUGUUCACCUCCAUCGCUGGCCUCACAGGGGUCGUCAUCACUCUGGCCCUCAUCCUCAUCAUCACCUCCUCCAUGGAGGUCAUCAGACGCAGCUAUUUCGAAGUCUUCUGGUACACCCACCAUCUCUUCGUCAUCUUCUUCAUUGGACUCGUGUUUCACGGAGCCGGAUUCAUCGUGAGGAGACAAAAGACAACGACUCCACCGCACAACUACACCUUAUGUAAAGACCGCAGCGGUGACUGGGGAAAGAUUCCUGAGUGUCCCGUCCCUCAGUUUGAGGGAGGGCCAGCACAGACCUGGUGGUGGGUGAUCGGUCCAAUCAUUCUGUACGUCUGUGAACGUGUGUUGCGUUUCAUCCGUUACAUGCAGAGAGUGCAAUACAGGAAGAUCGUGAUGCAUCCGUCCAAAGUGCUGGAGCUGCAGCUGGUGAAGGACGGUUUUAAAAUGGAGGUGGGUCAGUACGUCUUCCUCAACUGCCCGGCCAUCUCCCAGCUGGAGUGGCACCCGUUCACCAUGACCUCCGCCCCCGAGGAGGACUUCUUCAGCGUCCACAUCCGCUCGGCCGGGGACUGGACUGACAAACUCAUCGACAUCGUGCAGAAUCUACCAGAGGGAGAACAGGGACCCAAAAUGGGUGUGGACGGACCCUUUGGCACAGCCAGCGAGGACGUAUUCGACUACGAGGUCAGCAUGCUGGUCGGCGCUGGCAUCGGAGUCACUCCCUUCGCAUCCAUCCUCAAGUCCAUCUGGUACAAGUUCAAAAUCUCCAACUCUAAACUGCGCACCAGGAAGAUCUACUUCUAUUGGCUCUGCCGGGAAACCCAUGCCUUUGAGUGGUUUUCUGACCUGCUGCAGGUGCUGGAGAAAGAGAUGGAGGAGAGAGGGAUGGGGAAUUUCCUCACCUACAAACUCUAUCUGACUGGAUGGGAUCAAAAUCUUCGUUUUCAUGAAGGGGUUCACUUUGAAGAGGACACAGAUGUGGUCACUGGGCUCAAACAGAAAACUCACUACGGCAGACCCGCCUGGGACAAGGAGUUUGAGCAAGUCCGCAAAGAGAACCCCACGUCUGUGGUUGGGACUUUCCUGUGUGGCCCUGCAGUUCUAGCAAAAGUCUUAGAAAAGAAAUGUGCCAAAUACUCAGACGUGGAUCCCCGGAAGACCAAAUUUUACUUCAACAAGGAGAAUUUCUGAGUGAAACAAGGACACAGCAUUUGGGCUUUUUAAGACAGGAUAUCUUGUGGCACUAGCUGGGUGUGUUUUGACACUCAAUACUGCACGCUGAUAAAGAAGCAGGGCGUGUCCUUUUAUCAGAAAACUCAGGGACAGACUCUUCCAUUUCUUGUGAUCCACUGACUCAUGGCUUUUACGGUCAGUUGCACUCAGAUUUUCAGUCAUUGUAUGAUU